UGUGCUUCUCUCAGAGGUAUGUUAACUGAGCUUGCCACAAAUAAAACAACCACAGAGCUGCAUAUUGAAGCUAACGUUGCUGCAUCAUCUGUCCAUACUGCAGUCCUGUGGUCACCUGCAGGCAGGUGUCAGGUCUCUAACCAUGGCUUAAUGUAAGUAGGGCGCAUGCCUGGUGCCUCAGCCUCAGUGAUUGUCUGUCAGUCUGGAGCUUCUUAGUUCCCUGAAUUAGUGCUCAGACCGCAGAGGGAGUCCUUUCAGAAACAACAGACAUGAGCUUUACCAUCGAAGAGAGAGGCAGGCCAAACACUCAGGACUACAGGGUGUUUUUCAAAAACUCAGCAGGUGAAUACAUCUCUCCAUUCCAUGACAUACCUGUCUACGCAAAUGAAGCUGAGAAUAUUUUCCACGCCGUUAUCGAGGUCCCAAGAUGGACAAAUGCAAAGAUGGAGAUUGCCACCAAAGAUCCUCUUAACCCACUGAAACAAGACCUGAAGAAGGGGAAUCUCAGAUUUGUAGCUAAUGUUUUUCCUCACAAAGGCUACAUCUGGAACUAUGGCGCUAUUCCACAGACGUGGGAAGACCCCAACCAUAAGGACAGUGACACGGGCUGCUGUGGAGACAAUGAUCCUAUCGAUAUAUGUGACAUAGGAAAUAAGGUGUGUUCUCGAGGAGAAAUAAUCAAAGUGAAGGUGUUGGGAACUCUGGCUUUGAUCGAUGAGGGGGAAACAGACUGGAAGGUCAUUGUGAUCAACACAGAGGACCCUGAAGCCGCCGACUUUAAUGACAUUGACGAUGUGAGACGACUCAAGCCCGGGUACCUGGAGGCAACUUUUGAUUGGUUCAAAAGAUACAAAGUUCCAGAUGGGAAACCUGAAAACCAGUUCGCUUUCAACGGAGAGUUUAAGGACAGGGAUUUUGCUAUUCAAACAAUCAAGAGCACCCAUGAGUUUUGGAAGGCACUAAUAUCCAAAACCAACGCUGGCGAGCUAAAUUGCAUGAACACCAGUGUCUCAGACAGUCCGUUCCACUGCUCUACAGGGGAUGCAGAGGCUGUGGUUAAGUCUGCAUCUGAAUUUGGAGCUGAAGAUCCCAUUCCAACUUCAGUUGACAAAUGGUUCUACUAUGAGUAGUAAGAAGAAAAUCCUUCAUUCCUUCCUUGAUCUGAUGAAAUCAACACAUCACUCCAUGAUCUGAAUGAACUGAGUCUAUGUCGCUUUAUGUCUCAUUUAGUCGCUUUUUUUGUUCACGUUUUUCGUCUGUUAUGUCCGUUGUUGUCAACAAUUGCUUGUUUUUUGUGCGUUACUUCAAUGUUUCAUUCAUUUUAGGGUCAGUACUUUGAUUUCAGACUUACAUUACAAUAAAAACACCAAAUUAUCACA